AUGGCGAAAAAGCAACCAUCAUUAUCAUCAACUCAUACGAUGGAUUUAGCAGAGUUGUCUCAUGAACAUUUUCAUGAUAUUCCAAAUCCAUUUGAACGACGACAAUUUGCUUUUCGAGUUCUACCCGAAGAAAAAGAUCCAAUGAGUCAAGCUAAACAUUAUUCAUUUAUCAUGCCGACAUUAAAAAUUCGUCUUCAACAAUUAAUAACUACACGUUUAUGGGAAUAUAUUAUGCUCAUAUUAUCUAUUUGGUCGUUUAUUUCUUUAUUACUUGCACACGCCAUACCGAAAAUGAGAAUAUUUUUAGAGGUAACACAUGAAAUUACUCAAGCGGCACUAUUUAUUGAAGUAUCUAGUAAAUUAUAUAUUGAUUACCGUUGGCUUUUCUACGACGUUUGGAAUUUGUAUGAUCUCAUUUGUGUAAUUCUUAAUUCUCCAUUGAUCUACAACUGUUUUCUCUCGGAUUAUCUCGGUGUACCACAGCUUAAUAGCAGUCAACGUCUAUUUCGUGCGUUACAUGCUAUUCGUAUAAUACGUAUUCACAAUCUAUUACGAUUUGUUGUUGAAACCAUUCUUAUUGCUCUAUCCAGUAUCUACAAUAUCCUUUUGCUAGAACUAGUUAUUGUGACAGUAUUUGCAUUACUUUCAAUUGAAUUUGAAAGUGAUACGCCUGUGCGGGAUUCGAGUAAAUACAAUCCCUAUGAAAAUUAUACUGAAGCACUCUACUCAUAUUAUAUGUGCAUUACAUUGGAAGGUGUCAAUGAAGUAGCUGAACAAAUUUUACAAUUAGACUCACCCCAAUUUACAACUGCUAUCGGAUUAGCAUUUUAUAUAUUUGCCGCGUUAGUUACAUAUAGUGUAGGACAACUUUUAGCAGCUGUUAUUGCUGCAACUCUUGGUAAAGCAAUCGAUCGAAGGACACGUGAUAUAAGUUCGAAAUCGAUUAAACAUCAUACUACAAAGCUUCUUGGAUUAAAACGUCCGUCAAUAAAUGAAAAGAAGAUUCCGAAGUCUCGUUGCAAUACUAUGGAUGAAAUUGAUAAUUUUUCUCGAUUGAAGCCUGACGAUCUUGCAUUGCUGAUACUACUUUUUCAAACUCUUGAUAAAAAUGUAAAUGAAUAUGAUAAUAUCUUACGUGAUAUUCGUCAUGUUGCUGAAUUUAUCUCUAAGUUUAACAGGAAAAAAACUUCAAUUUCAUCACAUUAA